AUGGCGAGCCGGCUCGAUCAGCUGAAGGUGGAUGCUCUCAGUGCAUUCAAAGCCAAGGACUUCUCCAAAGCCUAUGCUAAGUUUAAUGAAGCAAUUGCAUACUUUGCUGAAGCUGGUAAACAUCCACAUUUAGGUCUCCUCGACAAUCGCGCAGCAACCUGUGAGCAGCUUGGCAAAUACGAGGCAGCACUUGGUGAUGCAAAUCGUAUGAUUCAGCUGGAGACCAGAAAUGCCAAGGGUUAUCUCAGAGCAGGAAAAGUCUUGCGACUUAUGGAUAGAGACAAGGUUGCAUUGAAGGUUUAUGAGGCUGGAUUGGCAAAAGUGCCUAAGACAGACCCGAUGCAGAAGGCUCUGAUGAAUAUGAUGGAGGUAACCUUGGCCGACAUGAAAGGGACUUUGACAAAGGACCAGGUCAGUCCUAUUAAAGAAGCAGAAAUAGCAUCAAUGGGUGUUGAUGCUGUUGCCGUUCUGCCUCCAGAGAUCCUUCUGGAAGUGAUGCGGUAUCUUUCAACAUCUGAUAUCGUGCGCUUAUUACGAGUGUCAAAGACAUGGAACAUAAUUGCAUCACACCCUUCACUAUACGAGAAGUUGGACUUCACAAGAGGGCGGAAACUUGUGAAGGCUCGAUCACUGCGAUUCUACAUUUCUCGGGCAGCUGGUGGUAUACAAGAAUUUGCGAUACCUUCCUUGGCAGCCAGUGACAGGACUAUACUUCAACUACUUGCAGCAAAAAACGGCAGGUUACAAAAACUAUGUGUCUUGAAUGGACCAAUAGCGAUUGGCAACUUUGCCACUGGACAACUACGGCAUUUGCGGCAUUUACGGCAGCUUAUAUUGUCAUGCUCAAUGACAGCGCAGAAUGUUGCUCGGAUUGCUGACCUAGUCCCAAGUUUGGAAGAACUGGAGUGUGGGACAGUGAACGAUUAUGAAUUUACUAAGUGGACAGGAAGAGCCGACAAACUCUGGCGACUAAAGAUUGCCUUUGAGGUUGACCCUAAUUCAACUAACGCCCCACAUUCAUGUCCCAGCUUUCUUUCUGUGGACAGCAUGAAGGAUGCAUUCCCAAAUCUGGAGCAGUUAUCAAUUAUUGGCUGGCGGCGACCUCACAAUAACACUGUCUCACCAAUCGACAUUUCUGGCUUUUCAUCUCUGAGGAAUGUCUUCUUGACCGGGGGUGGCCAAGUGUGGCCGGUGCUUCCUCCGCAAGUUACCAGCCUCAGCAUCCCCUUUGUUACGGCGAUAGACAAUGCUUUCAGCAUGGGCGAGUGCAACCUUGAGUAUCUGGAUAUCUCUUCGUCGAGGGUGACGGAGGAUAACCUAGUCCAAAUUUUAUGGCGGCAAGGUGCUCUGGUUAAACUGUGUGCAAGGAAUCUGCCACUUACCUCAGAUCGAUGGCUAGAUACAGUACGAACACAAUGUCCGAAGCUCACUGUCCUUAGCGUCUCUGGCAGUCAUUGGGUGAAUGACAAGACACUCGAGGAGGCUGUCACUGGCAUGGUUUCUCUACAAGAGUUGGAUGUUACGGACUGUACAAAUCUGACUGGUAUUGGCAUUGCACGAUUGUUACAGAAUCAUCUCGGGGGGUUGCAGAAGCUUAUUAUGACGGGAUGUGACAAAGUAUCCGACGAUGUUGUGGAGUGGGCGAGGAGCAAGGGAAUAACGGUCGAAAAUCGGUAUGUCAGCGAAGGGAAUUCCAAGGGCCAGAAAGUUCGGUAUUAA